AUGGAUCAACCCCUUCAUUCGAACAAGAACCCCCCUAAUCUUCAUCAGAAGCAGUACCAACACCAACUGCUGGCUUCCAUGUUGACCCAGUCCAAGAUAUCGCAGAGAAUACGGCCGGUGAUUAUUGUGCUAUGUGUCAUUAUAACCUAUCUCACGUUCUUUAGAUCUACGCCGCAACAACCACAAGCGCAAGGGCAACCGCAAAAGGUGCCGGUGUUGACCCAAGAAGAGAUCCAGCAGCACUUGUUGCAGUCCAAGCUAGACUUUAAAGCGCAAGGAGUCGUCGAGCAGGGUUUCCUCCAGCAGCUAGACAAAACAACCAAGACAUGUCCCGAUUACGUUGAGUAUUCCAAGCUCCGACAUCCGCCCUAUUCAGCGGGCAAACGCAGGUUCCCCUACAUGAGACCAGCUCCGAAAUGCCGGACGUUCGUCUCGGAAGCAGUGGAGAAGUUGGUGUCGGAGUUGAUGAGCCGGAUACGUGAUCCAGAUUUAGCGCGUCUCGUGGAGAAUUGCUUGCCCAACACUUUGGACACUACGAUUCUAUGGCACAGAGACCAAGCGCAAUUGAGCCGCUUUGCUGGUACUGGUGCUGGUGGCGGCGGGCCUCAAUCGUUUAUUGUCACGGGCGACAUCCAUGCUGAAUGGCUACGCGAUGCCGCGCGUCAACUAUCCGUUUAUCAGCCGCUCGUGAAGUACGACCCUGCGUUGAAGAAGCUUAUAUUGGGGGCCAUCGAUACCCAGGCUUUCUUUGUCAAUGAUUCACCUUACUGCAAUGCGUUUCAUCCGCCGCCUGAGUCAGGGGUGAAGCGCGGCAACACGGCCUUUGAUGACGUUAACCCGCGUCCCAAUUGGAGACAAGUUUUCGAGUGCAAGUAUGAGAUUGACUCGUUGGCGAGUUUCUUGACGUUGACGAAUGAAUACGUCGAGAACUCGGGCGGCGACUUGGCGUUUUUGAAUAAGCUAUGGUUGCAGGCGUAUGAGAAGUUGUUGAUUGUGUUGCGCAGGGAAAGCCAGCCGAGCUUUGACGCUGAGACUGGCCAACUGCUCCCUUUUUACUACCUGUUUCAACGCCAAACGAACAUCGGGUCGGAGACUUUGCCGCUUGGCGGCGUGGGCAACCCCGUCAACUAUGGCACGGGGCUUGUGAGAAGUGCGUUCCGACCUAGUGACGACGCGACGAUUUUGCAGUUUUUCAUCCCGGGAAAUAUCCACAUGGUUACGGAAUUGAAACGCGCUAGGAAGAACAUCUUGAAUAAAGAAGGGUUGGCGCUGGUGCUGGAGUAUAUGCGCGAGGCGAUGGUGGCGUUUGGGGAACUGACGGACCAAUUGAUUGGUGCUAUCGAGUCGGGAAUAAAGGAGUUUGGAAUAGUCGAGCAUCCGCGUUGGGGCAAAGUGUUUGCUUAUGAAGUCGAUGGCUAUGGAAGUGCCACGUUUAUGGACGAUGCCAACAUCCCAUCGCUUUUAUCAAUACCGGAUUUGGGAUACACGAGCGUUAAAGACGUGGUUUAUCAAAACACGCGCAAGAUGAUUUUGGAGAAAAGCGGUAAUCCGUAUUAUCUCAAGGGACUACAUUUUGAAGGGAUAGGCGGACCGCACAUUGGAAUCAAGAACGCGUGGCCCAUGUCUUUGCUUGUGAAGAUCCGCACCUCGGACGACGAUGAGGAGAUUAUGUCGAGUUUGGAGAUGGUAUUGGACUCCACAGCCGACUUGGGGUUGAUGCAUGAGAGUGUUGAUGUAAACUCCGAAGGCGGAGCACAGUAUACACGGUCGUGGUUUGCGUGGUGCAAUUCUGAAUUGGGCAAGACGGUGUUGUAUAUGGCGAAACAUAAGCCAUAUUUGAUAUUCAAAGACGAAUUCAAGAACAGUCCGUUGGACAUUGACGCGAUAAUGACCCUGAACCAGGAAUAA